CUACGGACAACUAUCGACAUUAUAACCGGGAAGUAUAUUUCAGAACUUGUUCUCGAUUUGUGAUUAACAUGAUUAUAUAUCAGAUAGUUAUCUAAAAUAUUUUUAAACCGAAAGAAGACAAGCUGUUCUACAUCUAGUGAAGCUCUUGUUUUAAAAAUGACUGCUGCUGCUGCUGCUGUUGUGGGAAGAAGACAAACGGAGGUGGAAGAGUUUGGUUAUGACGCUCAAGUGUCCAGUAACCCGAAGGCACGACUCAUGUACUAUGUGCACAGUAUCUACAACGUCCUUGACAUGACCUCGAUACCAAAUAUCCAGAAAUUGAGAAAUUACAAGAGUCAUCAGCGUCUGACAGACGCUGAAACGAGGCAGUUAUAUGAGCUCUGUAAAAUACUGUCACCGGAUAAGCUUAAUGAUAAGGCCAUAUUCCAGGAUGAUACCUUGUGUAGACAGGACGACAACAAGUUCUACAAAAUUAACACAACAGAGCAUAAUCUUAUUGUGUCAGACGCUAUAAUUAUCGGAGGAAAACGGUGUUCCGUGAAACAAUUAAUGGCGUAUAAAAUACCUUGGAUCCAAUGGAUUUAUAUUGGUCCAAUGGAGCAUUUCAAACAACAAUAUCCAAGCCAGUGAUGAAGCAUGAUGUAAAGACGUCUGACUUUGUGGAGAAUAUUCUUGUAGCUACCUAUCUGAACAAUUUUUGUAAUCUUGUAUUGGUUGGUGGUCUUUUGCGCGGGAGGAAGCAUGUGACCGGACAUAAUCUAUUUCACCAAAAAAAUGCGGUUUCGAUUAUUUAUACAUAGAUUUACAAAUAGAGGAUAUACUAGUUGUUUUUUUGUUGUUUUUUUUGCUAUAAAUACAUGAUUUAUUUUCAUCGAGUGGUAUGAAAAUAAAUAUUUCAUGAGUGGCGGUAGCCACGAGUAAAUAUGAUAAUUUUAAUAUCACAAGAUGAAAAUAAAUCCUGUAU